UUCGCUUCCACGGGACGGGAGUGGGUCGUAUGUUUGCUGGUUUUGAGGACUGCACUUCGCCUUUCAAUCCGGCAGCUUUCCAGAGACAAUUGCCUGAAUUCAUCAGGAUGCACAGAACCACCAGGAUAAAAAUCACAGAGCUGAACCCUCACUUAAUGUGUGCCUUAUGUGGAGGCUACUUUAUAGAUGCCACAACUAUUGUGGAAUGCUUACAUUCAUUUUGUAAAACUUGCAUUGUCCGUUACCUGGAGACCAACAAGUACUGCCCAAUGUGUGAUGUACAAGUUCAUAAAACAAGGCCUCUUCUCAGUAUCAGAUCAGAUAAAACUCUACAGGAUAUAGUAUAUAAACUGGUGCCAGGACUCUUCAAAGAUGAAAUGAAGAGGCGACGUGAUUUUUAUGCAGCAUAUCCCCUGGCAGAUGUUCCCAACGGAUCCAAUGAAGACAGGGGUGAAGUUUCAGAACAGGAUAAAGGGAACCUAACAGAUGAUGAAACGGUCAGCUUGUCCAUAGAAUUCUAUGAAGGAAUCAGAGAUGAAAAUAGAGGGACUGUUGAAAAUGGAAACACAGAAAAAGAUAAGAAGAACAGCAUGAGAUUCCUCAGAUGUCCUGCUGCUAUGACUAUCAUGCACCUGGCUAAGUUCCUCCGGAACAAGAUGGAUGUUCCCACCAAAUACAAAGUGGAAGUUCUCUAUGAAGAUGAACCUCUAAAAGAAUAUUACACUCUCAUGGACAUAACUUAUAUCUAUCCUUGGCGAAGGAAUGGCCCUCUUCCACUGAAAUAUCGUGUUCAACCAGCCUGCAAGAGGUUAAAACUGUCUUCUCAGCUUCCCAACUCAGAGUGCACCAACACCAGUGGGGCUUCAGAGUGUGAAUCUGUCAGUGACAAAGCUCAUAGCCCAGCCACCUUGCCAGCUACCACCUCCUCCUCAUUGCCAAGUCCUGUCACACCUUCCCAUGGCUCCCCAAGCUCCAAUAUCACCACUAAAAUGCAGAAUUGCAGUUGAAAGCUGAAGGGAUACAGUGCCUUCGACUGGCAUAACAUCACUAGCCCUUCGUGUGGAGCCGUUUACAUCAUUAACCACAAUAUGGUGGCCUUGGCGCCUUGUGCUAAGCAUUUAGUUGCUGGAAUAAUUGUUUUGAAGCUUCACCUUUUAUUCAUAUGCCCUUUCUUACAUGUGUUCAUAAGAUCUCUGUUUUCAGAGUACAUCUUUGCUCUGGUUUUAAAUCUUUUCAUUCAUAUAUUUCCCUACUGAACAGUGUGGGACAGUUCGCACGCUAGCAGUUCUUUAUCAGAGAUCUCUUGGUUGUUUGCGUACAUUGGUUCCCAGGACCUGGCAAGAAAUGGGCUAGGGACGAUUCAGAAAGUCCACUAUUUCCAUAUGACUUUCCUAAGUAGAUUUGGCUGGCUAAUGUAAUAAGCAAAUGAUUCAUCCAUACAACUCUUUGACCUUUAUUAGAAAAUCAGUUUUAUAAUUUUUAUAAUUCUUGUUCUAAGAGCUAUGAUACUUGAUAGUUGUUUAAAUUUGUAGUGUAGUAGAAAUUUCCACAAUUAGUAUUAAUUUCCACAAUUUGAAUCCAUGAAAUUCCUGCUGCAAUUCUCAGCAUUCAGUUUAUAGAAGGGGUGUCAAAUUCACGUCAUCACAUUGUCACAUGAUGUAUCACAAUUUCCACCCCCCUUUGCUAAAUCAGGGUGGGCGUGGCCAACAUGUGACGCAUCUGGCCUGCAGCCGCAAGUUUGACAUCCCUGGUUUAUUGUAUACCAUAGUAUAGAUAUUUCUCAAAUUCUGUGGUCCUAUGACUGCCUAAAAUAAUUAAUUCAUGGGAUUUCCUCUCCUCCACAAUAAGGUAUUCCUCAACCUACGACCACAAUUGAGCCCAAAAUGUAUGUUGCUAAGCAAGACUGUUAGUGAGUUUUGCCCCAUUUUAUGUUUCUUGCCACAGUUGUUAAGCAAAUCACUGCAGUUGUAAUAUGGUUAUUAAGUGAAUCUGGUUUUCCCAUUAAUUGCUUGUCACAAAGUUGCAGAAGGUGAGCCCGGUACAUUGCAACCAUCAUAAAUAUGAACCAGUUGCCAAGCAUCUGAAUUUUGAUCAUAUGAAGCUUCAAUGGUCAUAAGUGUGAAAAAUAGUCAUAAGUCACUUCUUUCAGUGUAACUUCAAACUGUCACUAAAUGAAUUGUUGUAAGUUGAGGACUACCUGUAUUAUUGAUGGUAGUAAAAGCAGCUGUCAUUUUUAUUAGCAGCUACCUAAAAUGCUGAGUAUAGCGGCACAUUCUCUUCUUGGCUUGAAGAAGGCCCCUGACCCUGCAUGUCUUCUCAUCAGCCAUGUACUCUGCAUGGUGUACUCCCUCCCCUCCUGCUUUCCGUAGGAAUUAGAGCUCUGCAGUCUUUGCAUUCCCAACUUUCGUACUUUUCCAUCUUUUAGCAAUCCAGAAAUGUGUGAUCCCUUCCCCUUCCCCUGCUCUAAUCCAUUUAUGAGCCGCUUGGUAGUCACAGUAUUAUAAUCCUUGAUUCAGCAAGCAGAUUUGUUUGAGGAAAGCCAGAAUUACCUUUUUCCAAGUCUUCGGAAUGAGAAAUAUUUUUAUAGCCUUUAUAGAAAUCCAUUCUGCAUUUUUAAAAAAAUGUUUGUUUAAUCUUGUAAAUUUGGGUUGGAAAAAUAAAUACAGUGCCUUUCCAAAACAAAUUUUAUUAAUAUACUAAGGUGGUGAAAAGAGAUUUGUGAUUUAAAUUGAUGGGGAUGUGUGGGUGGAAUCUUUUCUUGUGCUAAUUUGUGCUUCAAGAUGGCCAGAUGGAAAUGCACAACUUCCAAAGGGAAGAGAUUUCUUCUUCCACCACUUUCAAUCCUUUCCCUUUAGAGAAGAACAUGGUACCUAAAAUUAUUUCCCUUCUCCCCCUUCCCUGCUUUUCCCUUCCCUUUCCUGCUUUUCCCCUCCUGUCCCUCCCUUCCCUUCUCCUCCCUUCCCUUUUCCUCCCACCCCUCCCUUCCCUUCCCUGAUUUUCCCUUCCCUUCCCUUCCCUUCCCAUCCCUUCUCCUCCCUUCCCUUCCCUUCCCAGUAGGAAGGAUUAACUAAACAUAAGCACAUUUUCUAUUUUUGAAAAUUAAAUCCCAGGGAUUUUGUUUUUUUUCCCUGUAGUUGUUUCUCCGAAAAGCAGCUAUUCGCACAAGUGCAAUCCAUGUUUGGAAAUAAAUUUUCAUAGAUAACUCAAUUGUGCCAGGAGUAUAAAAAGCAGCUUCUCAUGUGGGGGAAAAGAUGCAAUGGGUAGGAAGAGAAAAGGUUUGUUAGCAGCCUGUGGUGUGUUCCUUUUAGGCUUUUCCUUUUCUACCCUAUGCUUCUGAGCCAGAUCAACUACCAGCACAAUAAAAGCAGUUUAAAUCUGCUCCUACUCUCCAGCUACUGUCUAUUUUAAGAGUCUGGUGGACUUUGCACAACAUGAUAUUUGAAGAACAGUGUAUUCUUUCCCUUUCGCCUGUCUCUUUAUGUGUGCUCACAGAAUGAGAAAAAAGACUCACUGCCCUAAGAAGAACCCCCCCUCCAAAUUCUCUCUUUUCCCCCUGACCCUUCCAGAGGCAAGACUAUAAGACUGCUUUGCUGUCAAGCUGACUCUUUCUAUACCUGCUCCUCUUAAUUGUCUCCUUGUUGCUUAUUCUGUCUUCCAAGUAAUGCAGAGCAGUAGCUACCUUGAAUUAAUUUCCUUGACUUUUUAAAAUUUAAUGUGUAAAGAAGAGAGUGGUCGAAGUUUUGUGCUUUCAGGAUCAUUUGUGAUAGUGCCAUAAUGUCAAGUGUAAGUGUAUGCAGAGGAAACAUGAUAACAAUGCCAGGCAUAAGUAAUCUGUUACUGUGAAAGUACUGUGAUAUUUAGGGAAAUAAAUUUAGAGCAGGAUUACCUACACUGGUCUAAAAUGGUUCUGUUCACCAGUCCAGUUCUUUUUCUUUAGAAGAACCACCUUCUGUUACUCUAGCAUAACUUGCUGGCAAAUUGUUUUGCAUCUCUUGCCACUGAAUUGGUAAACUGGAAAAGUCACCAUCUUCCAUUGGGAUGAAUUUGGCCCUGGGGCUUCCAGUUGCCGUCCUAGACAUUCAUUAAUGUUUUGUCACACUGAGGUACUGAAGACUCGGAAGGGAUAUGGUAGUACUACAGCAGUUUUCCUGAACCCAGUGCAUUGGAUUAUGUGACCCAUUGUCCCCAGCCAUCAUUGUGCUCGUUCUAGUGAUCAUUUCUUCUUAUCCUAUUGGCUGAGAAUGUAUUUGGUACUUCCAGUGGCAUUAAGCCAUGUUGAAAAGUUGCUGGAUUUGGAAAUUGGGAAAGUUUUUCUGUCUUUGUAUAUACUGAAUAAACUGACCAAGGCAAUUAAGAAGCCUAAUGUUUUCUUCUCCUUUUACUACUUCCCCUUUUUUGUAUUUUUUUUUAAUAUGGUACAAACCAAAUUGUUAUGUAUGUUUGCAAACCUAUAUGAUGUUUUAAUGUGCUGUAAUAUAUUCUGAUAUUCAUAUAUUGUUAUUGGUUAAAACAUUUGUAUCAAUAAUGCAGUUUGUAAAUGGUAAUAAAUGAUACAAUUUUGUCCUUCA